UGUUGAGAGGUCGUGCGAGCGUGUGAUAAAGUAUUUCACUGUUGAUUAGCAACAAUUAACGGGCGAAAGUUGACAAAGAGCGGUCGGUUUGAGGGUCGAGGGGAGGAUCAAGGGGUAAAGUGAUAGCUGGAGUGAGGAGGAUUAUUCGAGAGGAUGGAGCUGCACACACCGCAGAGGGAUGCACGAGGUCCCGAGGACGCGGGUCCGAGGAGUCCGCCGAUGUGCGAUACGAUGCUCUACCCCUGGAACUGGGGGGAGGAGGCGAGGAACGUUAAUCUGAGCCCCGGGAGCUCGUGCUCGUCCCCGGAGUACCGGGAUCACGGGGCUGGGGGCGUCAGGGGGGCUGGGAUGAGGUCGGGGGGCUCCGAGAGGGAGAGUCAUCGUCGGGGACGUCCUCGGGCCGAUGCCCUCACCAAUCUCAUGAAACAGGGGAGCACGUCACCCAGCAGCAUCAAGUGCACCUUCUGCAACAGAGUCUUCCCCAGGGAGAAGAGCCUCCAGGCGCAUCUCCGCACUCACACAGGUGAGCGACCGUACCCCUGCGACUACCCAGGCUGCACAAAAGCCUUCACCCAGUCAGGCCAGUUGAAAACCCACCAGCGUUUGCACACCGGCGAAAAGCCCUUCCUGUGCACCGAGCCCGGCUGUGACAUGAGAUUCACCCACGCCAACAGGCACUGUCCAGACCACCCUUACGCCACCCUGACCCGCUCCGACGAUUUCGUCCUGAAACCAGUCUCCGGCAACACCGAACUACCCCACGACGUGACGAGAUGGUUGGAGCGCUACAAAAUGGCCCGCGAACGAGAGGACAGAACGCCGACAGGCAAAGACAGAAAGAAGAAGCCCUGGAAAACGAACUCUGAGAAUCACAAGAGAAUAAAAUCACGAAAGGGUCUGAUGAUGGACGCAGCAGGUGAGCAGGAGAAUCUCGUGAGAAAGCCAGCGAAUCAGAGGCUGUACUGCAACGAGAGUCAGAGCAGUCAGGAGGAGAGUCAGGACGACGAGGACCCAGCAGAAGCCUGUUCGGUGCUGCAGCAUUCUGAGGACGAAGAGCCAACGACGAAACUACCAGUGACACCUUUGAGACGACCCCUGGACAGGCUGCAGCCCAAGAAACGUUGGCUGAGAGAGGCUUGUCUGGAGCAGCAGCUGGCUAAACCGCUGAGAUGGGACUGCACAAGGGGAAACGAUCCCGAAGAUAUCACCGACAAUCCUGACAAUCCUGAGGAGCAUCAGCUGAGUAUGGGGCUAUUUAAUUCAAGAUUCACUGUCAGGGAUUUGUCCAAUCCCCUCGAGUUCUCUGGGACUGACAAUGGCCUUGAGAGCUCAAGUGUCGAUUCUUCGAUCUACAAUAAUCCAACGAAGAUCAACUGGGACAACUGCAUUCUUCCUGACAAUUCGUCCGAGGGAGUUCCUGUUGAUGCUCUGGUGGAUGGCAGUGACAACAACCAGUGCUCAGAGCUGAAUAACGAUUGGAGUGGAGCGUGUGGACGGUCUGUUAACAGUGCAGGCAAUUCUGAGGAGUCGUUGGAGAUGUUGAAGCCAGUGAGACAGGUGGAGAACGAGCUGAGACCUACUGUCCUGAUGCUAGCUGGCUCCAGCAACGUCACAGAGCCCAUGAGGACCAUCCAGAGAGCUCCGGAGGAAACUAAAGUCAAAGUUGUUGUUGUCAGGCAGGAUGAGAAGCUGAUGAAUCUUCCACCUCCGGAGGACAAUCAGAAGUGGCUGGGCGCUCUGGCACUCAUGGAGCUAGCCAAGAAUCAGGAGGAAGCUGCCAAGGCUCUUGGAUAUGGAAAGGGCCCUGAGCAGUACAGCAUUCAUCCCAGUUUCAAUUAUACUCAUAUUUAGACUGUGAUUUUUCAUUCAUCUUUCUUCAGGUUUUUUCACUAUUCAUGUUCUCUUCCCUUUUCUUUCGUCUUCUGCAGGGUUGUAAGUUUUAAUUAUUAAGUUUGUAUACGGUUUAAAUUCAAUUUGACUUCCUUUGCUGUUACUUAUGACGAUAUUGAUUUUUUUUCUUUUGGGGAGUUAUGGAGUUCAGUGGUGGAGUGGGGAAUGAUUGGGAGAUUUCGAGGGGUUUCGUUGGUGGGGAGUUUAUCUUGGGGGUGACUGACUUUGGGGGGAUAUGCUAGGAGACAAAAGGUUCUAAUGAAAAAUGUAACUUGGUGUUUUCUCUGGAAAUUAGUCGUUACUGAGAUGAUUAUGUGUUUGAUAGCACAUUUUGAUGAAAGAGACUUUUGAAAGUAUAAAAUUUAUAUUUUGAAAUAUUUCACAUUUGAAGUUUUAAAAGUCUCAGGUUGAGACUUUACGAAGUGUUAAAUGAAGACUUGAAAGUCUCAAAUUGAGAUAUUCAAAUGUUUCAAAUUGAGACUUUCAGAACUCCCUUUAAGGAUGUAUUGCACCCUUUUCGCCAAAAUUCACGUUUUUUGCAUUUUUCUGGCAAAUUGUUGAUUGAAUUGACGUGAAAAAA